AUAUUUCCUAUAUCGAUAACAUCUGGCGGGACUAGGCCAUCCCUAGCCCAGCCACAUACGUCAUUCGAUUUUUUCUCGUCGUUCGGAUCGCAGUGAAAUAUUCAGGAAUCGUGGUAUUUCGACGAAGGCGGCCAUAUUGCUGAAGUAAGGAAAUCUGUAGUGCAAUAGUCCAGUAAUUUUGACAAUUCGCCGUUGCAACACCUUGCUUAAAUAAUUUGCUCGCUUAAACACAAACCCUACAUUACACAUCCCAUAAACUCUCCCACAAAACCAAAAAACCCAUCAAAAUUAUGGUCAGCGUAAAGGUCAACGGAAAUCAGCAGAAUCGUUUAGUAAAUAACGCAAAGGUCAACGGCAACAUGGCAUUCCGUGGCAACCAGAACCGCAAUCGCAAUUUUGGAGGAGGCAACAACAACUAUGGUGGACCCAUGGGCGCCAACCGCAUGGGCGGUAUGAACAUGUCGCCCUGGGAGUCGCAGAAUCCUGGCGGCGGACAAUUUGGUAACAACAUGCGUCAGGGUGGCGGUCAGAUGAACGCCCAGGCCAUCAACUUGGCCAACAAUCUGCUGAACAAUCUGUUCAGGAACCAGAAUCCACCAUCGCUCCUCGACUUGCCCCGCGGCGGCGGUGGCAUGGGAAAUCGCAAUCAACGUGGUGGACCGAUGGUCAGUCGCGGCGGCGGUGCCGGCAAUCGUCUCAAUAACCGUCGUGGCCAGGGAGGUGGCUUCCAAAAUCGUGGCGCCACUGGUAGUGGACCCAAGCCCCCGCAAAAGCAGGGCGGCGGCGGUAUUCGCAAGCAAAAUGCUUUUGAUCGUGCCAAGAAACUUUUGGCUAAAAAUGCCAACCAAAAUAAAAAGAAGGAACCCACUCCUGGCGAAAAGAAAAUCGAGAGCCCUACCAAGGAGUCUCCAUACGCUAGUGUCCCCAACGACAUGUUCUACUGUCAUCUGUGCAAGAAGCACAUGUGGGACGCAAACUCUUUCGAGAACCACAUCAAGGGUCGCACCCAUCUGAUGAUGCGCGAGGGCAUUGAGGAGAGCUAUCGCCUCAAGGCCAAUAUGAUCCGUCAGGAGGCCAAGAUCGCAGAGCAGCUCAAGUCGAUCGAGUUUGACCGCUUGAAGCGCAUGGGAAAGAGCAAGCAGCGGCAGCUGGACUACUGUACCAUGUGCGAUCUGAACUUCCACGGUCACAUCUCGACCCAUCGCAAGUCGGAGGGACAUUUGCAGCUGAAGAAGUUCUUGCAUCCCAAGUGCAUUGAGUGCAACAAGGAGUUCGCCACUCGCAUUGACUACGACACCCAUCUGCUGUCCGCCGAACAUCUUAAGAAGGCUGCCGAGAGCAACACCAAGGUGGGUGAACGCAAGCGCCAGACCUUGCCCAUCAGCACCGAGGAAGAGGAGACCCGCGAUCUCCGCCUGCCCCAGAAGCGCAAGAAGAAGCCCGUCAAGAAGGAGGGCGAAGCCGCCGAUGGCGAGGCUAAGAAGGAGGGUGCCGGCGAUGGCGAGGGUGCCGAGGGUGAUGAAGCCGAGGGCGAUGAGGCCAAGGAGGGCGAAGAAGCAGCGGACGAGACCAAGGAGGGUGAGGAUCUCAACGAGAGCCAGGAGGAAGAGGAGGUGGCCCUGCCUGUGGAUCCCGAGGACUGCAUCCUUGACUUCAACGACGGCGAUGAGAUCCCCAGCGAGGUGGAUACCCGCCUGCCUAAGUACAACUGGCAGCGUGCUGUCGGCCCCGGUCUGAUCUCCAAGCUGGAGUGCUAUGAGUGCUCGGUGUGCAGCAAAUUCUUUGACACCGAGGUGACCGCCGAGAUUCACUCCCGAACGGCAACCCAUCACCGCAACUUCUUGAAGUUCAUCAACGAGAAAUCGAGCGAUACCAAGAUUGCCCAGAAGCGCGCCGCUGCCGCCUUGGAGGAGAAUGAGCGUAAGAAGCGCAAGAUUGAGGAGGCAGAGACUCCGGCUGCCGAGGGCGCCACCGAGGAAACAGCCGAGGGCGCUGAGGGUGAACUGUACGAUCCAUCGGAGGCCACCGGCGACGACGAUGAUGUGGAGAUGGCGGAGGAUAACGCCGAGGGCGAGGGCGAAGGCGAUGAGGAGGUCGAGGGUGAGGGCGAGGAAGAUGGCGGCGGCCAGGACAACGGCGAAGAGGAGAUGGAGGCCCAGGAAGAGGAUCAGGAGGCUGAGCAGGAUCUAGAACCCGAGCCAGCUCCAGCCAAAACUCCUACUCCCGCUGAACCAGCACCCGCACCCAAGACCCCAGCCAAGACUCCGGCCAAGGCAGCUGCUUCAGCCGCUGCUGCCAGUCCCGCAGCUGCGGCGGCGACGCCAGAAGCCUCUCCAUCGCCGGCCAAGAAGGCAGCGCUGACUCGCGCUGGCGCCGGACCCAAAGCCACGCCGCAGCGCCAACGCGCCCGCGGUCGUUACAAUCGCUACUAAGUAGACGUCGGAGGAAUUCGUAAUUUAACAUAACAUAAACCUUAAUAUACAAGAAAAAUAUACAUUCACGCCCAGGAGGAGGAUGAAGAACGGAUCAAGUCGAUCUCUUCCCGCAAUUUGACAUUUGCAUCCCAAUUUGCAUAAAAACUGAAUGAACGGAAACCCAGAAGAAGACAACCAACUUUUAGUUGAAACAGUUGAAUACAUUGUACGACGAAGCUUAUUGAAACUGACGAGGGAGAACAACACAAACAACUUGAUUGAAUCGAAUUUCAUAUUACCCGAUUCCCCCCUCCCAGCACGCAUACCAUACCAGCCAACCACCAUUCAACUUAUGUAAUCAUAUAAAUUCUAUAAUAAACAAAGAAACAAAACUAGUUGUAAAACAAA